CCUGUAAAAUGGCAAGCAGCUCUAUCCCUAUGACCAGGCUCCCUGCGUUCUCUGUCUGCGUGUGGUAUAGCCUCCAGACUGCGUGGGCGCAGUAGAAAAGUUUCUUAUAAAAGCGGUGAUUCCGGAGUCUCAUAUUACGCGCGUCCCCUCCCUCUGUACUAAUUGUUUCUUACUACAAUUCCGUCCACCUACUCGAUUUCUCCUCCGUAGUAUUUCUUCGAAAAGCUCCCGUCACUAAAGGAAAUCUGGUCUAUGGUUUUGGCUGAAGAAGGUUCCACGAUGUCUCGGACUGACGAAGUACACCGUAUAACGGAGAAUGUCUAUAAGUCCAUUAUGGAGCAGUUCAACCCGUGCUUGCGGAACUUCGUGGCCAUGGGGAAGAGUUACGAGAAGGCCCUAUCCAGUGUCACAUUUGCUGCAAAGGGCUACUUCGAGGCACUGGUGAGGAUGGGAGAGAUGGCGAGCGAAAGUCAAGGCUCUAAGGAUCUUGAAGAGGCAGCAUGGGACGUACUCUUUCAGAUGGCUGAGGUCCACAGACAGAUCCAGAUGCAGCUUGAAGAUAUGCUGAAGUCGUUCCACAAUGAGCUUCUGACCGAGCUGGAGAAGAAGGUGGAGCUGGAUGCACGAUACCUGAACGCGGCUCUGAAGAAGUACCAGAUGGAGCACAAGAGUAAAGGAGAGAGUCUGGAGAAGUGUCAGGCAGAACUGAAGAAGCUCCGCAGGAAGAGCCAGGGCAGCAAGAACCCCUCCAAGUACGGAGACAAGGAGAUGCAGUAUGUUGAGGCCAUUGGCAGCAAGCAGAGUGACCUGGACCAGUACACAGCAGAGGGCUACAAGAGUGCGCUGUCAGAGGAGAGGAGGAGGUACUGUUUCCUGGUGGACAGACAGUGUGCCGUGGCCAAGAACAGCAGCUCCUUCCAUAGCAAGGGUAAGGACCUGCUAGCCCAGAAGAUCCCAGCAUGGCAGCAGGCGUGUGCUGACCCUACCAAGCUGCCUGACCGUGCCAUGCUCCUGGCCCAGCAGAUGACCUCUACAGGGGGUACCCUGGGAACGGGCUCCCGCACCCACCAUGGUUCCAAGGGCAACCUGCUCAUCUCUGACCCCAUUCCCGGCGCCAAACCCCUGCCUGUACCCCCCGAGCUGGCCGCCCUCAUGGGCCAACAGCGUAUAAUGGGACCAGGAGGAGUAGAUGGAGGGAUGCCCAUGGUGAAUGGAACGACAGGGGCCCACGGAGGAGCCGGAGGGGGAGGAGGGGAGGACUACCAACACUGGAUGGAAGGGAAGAUGGCUCAGGCCCAAGCUCAGGCCCAAACUCAGGCCCAAGCUCAGGCCCAGGCCCAGGCCCAGGCCCAGGCCUCCUCCCAACCCCAGCACCUCUCCCAGCCCCACAGACAGGGCAGCGAGGUCUACUCCAACACCCUGCCUGUCCGUAAGAACGCCCCCGCCAAGAGCAACACCACCAUGGGUCUAGAGACCCGUACCCUGCCCCGGUCCAGCUCUAUGGCUGCAGGGCUGGAGAGGAACGGACGUACCCGUGUCCAGGCCGUCUUCUCCCACGCGGCGGGGGACAACAGCACCCUGCUCAGCUUCUCUGAGGGAGACAUCAUCACCCUGCUUGUGCCUGAGGCCCGCGACGGAUGGCACUACGGGGAGAAUGAGAGGAACAAGAUGCGUGGCUGGUUCCCUUUCUCCUAUACACGUGUCAUCCCCGAGACGGACAGCGACACGCUACGAGUCAACAAUCUCCACCAUGGUAAGAGCAGCAGCACAGGGGACCUGUUGGAGAGAGAGGACAUGGCCGGUGUCAUGUCGUCUCACCUGCUGGCACAGAGCAUGCAGAGUGCUACCUUGGCACACAGCAGCAGCAGACGGCAACAGCGCCCGUAUAGCGUGGCAGGGCCGGGCUUCUCACAGCAUGGACUUGAACAGUAUGAGCAACGUUUUCCGACGAGUGUCCCCCCGCCUCAGGAGGAACCAUCCCAGGCCACUGAGGACCAACCCAGGCCUCUCAUCUCUGACCGUGACCAAUCUCCUCCUCCAAUACUCUAUUAGCUCCAUGCUCUACUUCCUGUUAUCCUUGGUUCUGAUUGGUUGCUGUGAAGCGCGGAUAUAUUUAGCCAGCCAAUUAGAAGAGAAUAACCCUGAUUCUGUUGGACAAAUCCAAGCACACACAGGAUUGAUCUUUCACAAGUACUGUAGACCAUGUACUGCCAUUGACAUUUAGUUUUAGCAGGACCUAUGAUGACUGCAAUACAAUGACUGAACAUACCUGUCUGACUGAACUAGCCAUAGCAUUCAAGCACAACUAGCCUUGGACUGUAUCUUCAAUCAAAUUGAAGCAUUUGAAAACUGUUAUAUACUGUAUGCCGGAAAUUGUAGCUUAAUCUGUUACUUGUUACAGAUAAUCAUGUACGCAUACAGUAUGUUUAAGAAGAUGUCGUUGUUUGAUCUAUAUUAAUUUGGGGGUCUAGUUCUAUGAUCUGAUCAUACAGUAUGUUACUUAUUGCUAUUUGGGAUUUGUAAGAUUGUGGGAAUAUCUUUAGUUUGUGUGAGCAAUACAUUUGUCACAAAGUAAAGUAUUUUAUAUAUUUCAAAGGGCCUAUAUGAUGGAGAAUAAAAAGGGAGGCUGUAAUAAUAAGACAAAGGAUUUGUAACUUAACAGAUUUUCCUGUUGUAUUUUGUACCAGUUUCUAUAUGUAUGCGCUUCUCAUCCAGUUUAAUUUGUCUGUAAGUCAAUCUACAAUGUAUAGAAAGAUGCACUGAAUAUGAAAUAUAGGGAAAAUAACAUAUUGCAGAGUAUAUUCCAUAUAUUACCAGUGUGUUUGUACUGUGCUAUAAGAAAUAAUUGUAGAACGCGUUCUAUCUCAUUCCUUUUGGUGCGUUUGUGCGUGUGUGCACUCGUGCCUGCUCGUGUGCGUGUACCAAGGAAUACAUGAGACGCACAUUGAUGUGUAAAACAGACUUUAUUUAUAUUUCAUAAUAAGGUACAGAAAGUAGAGUGGGGUGGGGUACAUCUUACUGACAGCAUCCCCAAACUAGUCCUGUUCGUUUUAAAUCACGACCAGGGCACAUCUUACGGACAGCAUCCCUAAACUAGUCCUGUUCAUUUAAGUCACGACCAGGGCACAUCUUACGGACAGCAUCCCUAAACUAGUCCUGUUCAUUUAAGUCACGACCAAGGUACAUCUUACGGACAGCAUCCCUAAACUAGUCCUGUUCAUUUAAGUCACGACCAGGGCACAUCUUACUGCCAGCAUCCCUAAACUAGUCCUGUUCAUUUAAAUCACGACCAGGGCACAUCUUACGGACAGCAUCCCUAAACUAGUCCUGUUCAUUUAAAUCACAGCAAGGCCAAACAUUGCUCGUCAUCACAUCCCUUUCGUCUCACUAGCCUGGCAUGAUGGCACAAACAGACUGGUACCCAGGCUAUCGUCUCACCACUUAGCAGGUUAAAACAAUUUAGAUCAAAUAUCCUAUGUUCCUGUUUUCCCCAAGACUUCAUUAAAUUCAUCUCUUUGGCAACAAUAAAACAUAAAUACAUGUACUUUUAACUCUCACUUACAUGUAAAUUCCAGGUAAUUUCUUGACAUUCUUAAUUGUAAUUUUUAUUUUUUGAGAUACAAAAAUAGUCCAUACAGACGGUGGUCUAGAUGGAUCUAUGGAUACUAAACUAGUACAGAAUAGUAAAGCUCUAGAAAGGCUAACAAUCACUCAACAGAACACACUUACUGCAUGGAGACUAGAGUCUAUCAUUAAACCAUAGAAAUAACUAUGUAAUUCCAUAUCUAUGAACUGAAUCGGCAACCUGGUUCUUUGAGGCUAAUGCCUACAGUGAUAUUAGCCUGGUCCCAGAUCUGUUUUGUACUGUCUUGCCCAACCUAUGGUCAUUGGAGUCGGCAAGACCGUACAAACGGACCUGAGACCAUGCUACAGUGAUACUGCUGUAAUACUGCAUUAGCUUACCAGACUGACUGGACUGAAUGCGUUCUACGUCACACCCACAUCCAUCCUCUUUCAUUUCUAUAGCAAACACAUUUUCACAUACAUAGCAAAAGUCAAAAGUCCAUCAAUUCAAAAUGUAUUUUCCAUUUGUUAAAAUCAUGAAAACAAUAUACUGACUAAUCCAUGUAACAUCACCAACCCCUUAACCACACAGCAGACCACAAACAAUACAUUAACACUAAACCAGUUCUCAGUUCUGUGGUCUUCCAACAAGUCAUUUCAUUAUUUCAUCUUCAACAUGUUACCGAAGCCACUUGAAAAUCAUUUGUUUGUUCUUCCAUUCUUUAAGUUGCAUUUUAAGGUUUCAUAUAUUUUUUUAAAGUGAUUAUUUCAUCAAAAGGUUCCUAUAAAAAUGAUAUGCUACUGUAUCUACGUAUUUGUAAGCGUGUUGUUCUUGUACUGCAGUACCAUUUUCAGAAUCGGAAUCAGAAAUGUACAAGUUAUUUUGAUCGUAUCACAAAGGAUCUUCACCUCAAGAGUAGCAGACAUAUCACACAGUAUGUGGUGCAGGGAAGCUCAACUCUGAGGGCAAGGACAGGCAGCCACCUUCAUCUGAGGAUAAGACCGAAACCAAUGCAAGCUGUGUUUUACCCACACUAUCUGCUGCAAAGCAAAUGGAUUUGAAGUCCUAAAAAGUACAGCAUUUAUUCAACGUCAUCAAUGAUAUGGUGCAUUCACACAAUAGUUUAGGUUCAGGGAUGUCUGUAAAAUCUGGAGUGUAUUUACUAGGAACCAAACGGGGAAGGACAUAACUGAAUUUGUCCAACAUAAAUUCUCAUUUGCGUUGCGAAACGCUCUGUAACUGUUUGUUACAGUGUGCACUAACGAUAACGCCCCAGGCCUUCAGAGGGAGGGGAAUACUGACCCAUACUGACAGAUGGAGGGGAAUACUGACCCAUACUGACAGAUGGAGGGGAAUACUGACCCAUACUGACAGAUGGAGGGGAAUACUGGCCCAUACUGACAGAUGGAGGGGAAUAGUGACCCAUACUGACAGAUGGAGGGGAAUACUGACCCAUACUGACAGAUGGAGGGGAAUACUGACCCAUACUGACAGAUGGAGGGGAAUAGUGACCCAUACUGACAGAUGGAGGGGAAUACUGACCCAUACUGACAGAUGGAGGGAAUACUGACCCAUACUGACAGAUGG